AUGUCGUCCACCACGAGAUUGACAUUCUUGUACCCGCACCUCUACCGCACCCUCCGCGCAUCGGAAGCGAGAACGGCGACCGCGACGACGAGCGCACAGAAAACAUGCCACCGCCGCCGCCACGGCGGACGCCCCGCCGACGUUCGGAGCAGCAGCACCAACACCACCACCACUAGGGGCUACGCCGCCUUCGCGCCGACCCCCGAGGCCCGCCAGUCCGGCUUCGCGCCGCGGCACGGCAAGGGCAUCGAGCCGCUGACCAUCGAGAGCGAGAAGGCGCGCAAGACGGCGCCGGCGGCGGAGAUGGAGGCGGCCGCGCAACGGGCCACUGCCGCGGCGGCGGCGGCCGCGUCCUCGGUUACGAACCCGAAGACCGCCGGGGGUGUUUCCGAGGCUCAGGGGCAGGUUCAGGGGCAGCAGUCGCAGCAACAACAACCUCAACAACAACAAUCUGAACAACAACAACAGCAGCAGCAGCAGACGCAGCCGCAGCAACAACAACAGACAGAGGACCCGGAGGCCGAGGCCGCGAAGCAGGAGGCGCGGGACCAGGCCAAGAAGAGCGGGCCGCUGGAGGCGAUACUGCACAUGGGGCCGCCGGAGGAGGUCGCGAAGCAGCACCCGCACAUGGAGACGCCGCCGUACGUGCACCACUUCGACAGCUUCUCGCUGGUGAAGCAGCUCGGGGGCGGGGGGUACACGGAGGAGCAGGCGAUCACGGCGAUGAAGGCGAUCCGGGCGAUCCUGGCGCAUAAUCUGGACGUUGCGCAGGAGAGUCUUGUUAGUAAGAGCGAUGUUGAGAAUGAAACCUACCUCUUCAGGGCGGCGUGCUCUGAGCUCAGCGCCGAGGUGAAGAAUAACCAGAAGCUGGCGGACGAGGAGAUGAGGCAGAAGAGGACGUUGCUGCAGCACGAGGUGGAUAUCCUUACGCAGUCGCUGAACCAAGAGCUUCUGACGCUGAAUGACAACGUCCGGGGGAUGUUCAACGACCGUAAGAUGGCGGUUCGAGAGGAGCAGAAGGCUGGUGAGAGUGUCAUCCAACAAAUCAACUACAAGAUCAGCCUCCACCUCAGCAGCGACGCCAAGUCGGAGAUCGAGGGCCUGCGGUGGAUCCUCAUCCGGCGGUCCGUCAUCGGGAUCCUGUUCAUGGCGGUCCUGACGUUGGGAACGCUGCGGUACGGCACGUACGUCUCGCAUAACAAGCAGAAGGAGGCGGAGAAGAUCAAGAAGCAGGCCGAGAUGAUCAAGAAGAGCCACGGGAAGAGGGAUCAUAGCUCUGCGCCUGACGCGGCCGAGAUUCUGGCGGCCAACUGA